GCUCCUCUCUGCGCCUGUGCGAAAUACUAGUCAGCAAGGCGGGGCUAGAGUGGGCUAGGGAAGGCCUCGAAAUCCGGAAGAUUUAAAUCGUUGAAGGAAAGGUCGCUACGGCCCAGUAGACUCUCAAGAGGAAGUCCUCUGCUGAACUCAGACAUUAAAAUCCUAACCACCAGAGCUAAUUUGGAUCAUAAACCACCAAAUGAAUGGGAGCGUCCGUGGUCUUGGCAAGUACAGAAACAUAUAGCUUACUUAUGAGGAUAAUUCACUAAAACAUCAAGCUAUGAAGAAAAACUCCAAGAGGAACCACAGUUCAAGGGUUUCUGACCUAGAAUUGAACUCUGCGGAUGCUGAGAAGGAAAAAAAAGAGCGUCAAAAUAACUUUGUUGAACUGCUGCCUCCAGAAGUUACUUUUAAAAUUUUCAGUCAGCUGGACAUCUGGAGUUUGUGCAGGGCUUCGGUGACGUGCAGGAGCUGGAAUCACACAAUAAGACACAGCGAUGCCUUGUGGAAACCUCACUGCCUGACUGUGAGAGCUGUAUGCCAAAGAGAGAUAGAUGAUGAUCUAGAGAGUGGUUAUCCCUGGAGGGUAAUACUACUGAGGAAUUACCAGAAGAGUAAAGUGAAACACGAAUGGCUAAGUGGCAGAUAUAGCAACAUAUGUUCUCCUAUCAGCCUACCAGAAAAAAUCAUGUACCCAAUGGAUGCAGACACAUGGGGGGAAAUUCUAGAAGCAGAACUGGAAAGAUAAGCAGAAAAAUCACACACAGAUCUCCUAACUUUGAGAGUUUAAAACUAAAAUGACUCUUAGUUUAUAAAAGGUAUAUCUUUAGCCGUCCAGUUUUUUGUUUGCCUUUUUACUAUUUAACAUUUAAAAGAAAACUAAGUAGAAAAUAUUAUAAAAUAAAGCUUUGAUUUUAUUUUGCACUUGAGUUAAAAAUGCGUUUCUGGUUUUAUUGUAAUGUGGAAAAAUCAUGAAAUGCUAUUUAUGUAAAAAUACUAUACUGAUAGAGUGAUUUCAAAAUGUAUUGUUUCAUGUAUUUGUGUUAGUCUGUUGCAGUACUUUAAUGAUCACAGAGUUUGGUAUUUUCUGCUUAAUGAUAAUUUGAAAAUUCAGGAAACCAUUUGAAGAAACUGACUUAGAGAUUUAUUAAUUAGUAGACAUAACUAGGCUCAUGGGGAGACUCCCUAAAUGAAAUUAAUAGCAAUAUGUUUAAAUGUAUAAUAAAUUUGUAUUUCAAUAACUUUAAAAUUUCCAUUUCAGUGGAAUCAGAUUGAAUUGUCAAAAACUGAAAACAUUUUGUGUUAAACUUGUGGUUUAAUUUAAAAUGAAUCUGACCAGAGGGCUAAAACUUGUGAGAUUAGGAUUCCCGUUACUUGCCUACAAACCUAGAAUUGCUCUCAGGGACUGAAAAUAUAUGGAAAGUUUUCAGCACACAUAACGGCCAUCAGAACCUCCACACUAUUUUUCUUGGUGAAACUUACCUUCUUUCUGACAGCCUUAUAGCACCAUCUAGUGUACUCCUUGUAGAUAACCAAGACAAAGGACCAGCUCCUUGCCGUUUUCUCCACAUUGAAGAUAAAGAAAAAUAUUAUUUUCGAGAAACCUGUAUACUUUGUUGAAGUUUAGAGCUUUAUAGGAAUCUUUAACUUUUAUUCUCUUUUUCUUAAAAGUAGAUGAUAUAAUAUUCACUAUUCCAGAUUCUUCAUUCUGAAUCUGUGAUCAGCACCAUAGGUAAAAUGUCUACAAAACCUUUUAGUUAGCAUGGGAUUUUCUUCUUAAAUGGUGCUCUAUAGCAUGAAAAAAGGAGUCCAGGAAAUCGGUAUCUCACGAAUAGGCAAAUAUCAGGAAGAUGCCCCACUCUAUACAAAUUCCCUUUGUUGGAUCAAGUAGAUGAUGAUUGAUUGUCUCCUACUGUCUUCUUGGGGUUGGAAGGGGCCUUGAAGAUCAGGCAGUCCAGUCCCUAGGAUUAUUCAGUCAUCCCUGCUAUAGGAAUGUUCUUCUUCUCACCCACCAUGAAUUCUUUUCUUGGCAAAUUCUUUCGUAAAAUAUAUCAUCCUGACCUGGAAACCAUCUCAAACUUCUACCAUUCUGGAUUAAGUGACCCUCUUAAGGCGCCCAUCGUUCUUUGCACAUACCAUUCUCCAAGCUGCAUACUAUAUUAAAUUGUCUGUUUUAUUUGUCUAUUGCCCCUUUUAGGCUGUGAGCUUCUUAAUAGCAGGGUCCAUUUAUUUAUUUUUGUGUUCCCAAACCUGGAACAUAGUAGGUACUCCAUAAAGAUUUGUUAAAUUAUUUCUAUAUUAUUUAUUUUAAUCCUACCCAGAAUGUAAAAUAAAAAUAAUUUAACAUAUUGUUAGUGGAUAAGAUUGUAUUGAAAUGCAAUGUACAACCCAUAACAUAUAUGGGAUGCUUAAUAUUAAUGCUAAUAUAUGAAGAAUUAUUCUUGUCUUCUCAAAAGCUGUAAGAGAAAAAUAGGAAAAGUUGAAAUAUUUUUUUAAUUCUUUGAAUAAACACUUGCAAAUAAAUUUCACC